AUGUUAGUGUCGGUGGCUUUUGACGGAACUGGCUACAAAUCCUGGAGAAGAGGAAUCCUCAGAGCACUCUCCGUGAAGAACAAAGUAGGCUUUAUCACAGGAAAGUGUAAGAAACCAGAUCCCAAUUCUGCUACCCUCGACCAGACAAACUACACUCGGAAAGGGAACAACAACACAAAUAAUGGAUGUAGGGGAAAUCAGUUCACUAACAGACCUCGAUUGUUCUAUGAGUACUGUAAAAGGCCAGGGCACACUAAGAAAAAGUGUUAUAAGCUUCACGGAUUACCACAGAACUUCAAAUUCAAUAAAGGAAGAAGGAUUGCAGGAAAUGUGCUUGGGUCAUCAAGUAAAGGAGCUGCACUACUCAGCAUCUUGGAGAGCUUUCAAGGAGGAGGAAACAAAUCCGGAAACACUACCAUAAAUGGAGGAGCUGUGAACUUUGCAGGUAUCUCAGCAUGCUCUACUCAUUUUGAUUCUAGUGAUCAAUUGUGUGAGAAGUCAAAUUCAAGGGCUAACUCUUGGAUACUUGACUCUGGAGCCACAAACCAUAUGACAUAUAAUACAUCAUUACUAAUCAACAUCAGAACUUUAGUUUAUCCCUACCUAGUUACCCCACCUAAGGGUUACAAAGUAAAGGUGACACUAAUUGGUGAUAUAAUCCUUAGUCCUAGGUUUAGUCUCAGAAAGGUCCUUUUUGUGCCCAGUUUCAAGUUCAAUUUGAUAUCAGUCCAUUCAUUGACAGUACAACUUGAUUGUAUUGUGAUAUUUACCAAGUUUGUCUGCAUUCUUCUACAGGGCCCUUCACUGAAGAGGCCACUAGAGAUUGAUAAAGCCAAGACUGAUCUAUACCUCCACUGUUCAGACAACUACAACACUGGUUCCACUUCCCCAGAUUCAUCUUGCGCAUCUUUUCCAUGUCAUACUGCUAAUAAGGAUGAGGUAUACUCUGCAAUUAACACAUCUAGUUCAUUUUUUCUUCCUCAUUUAGCUAACACAAAUAAGCCACAUUCUACCAUCCAUGUUGCAUCUACUUGUGUUGUUCCAUCUCACAGUAGUAAUGAGAAUAGUUCAUUUCCACAUCUGUAUAAUUCUGUAAAUAACUCAAGCGAUAAAAGUGAUUCUUGUCUGUCUGAGGCCUCCUCAACUACAAAGAACUUGCUUGAUCUCUUGUGGCAUAACAGAUUAGGACAUUCACCUUUGGACAGUCAUACAUCAGGAACUUUUCCUAUUGCUAAUAGUCCAACUGUCUCUACUCAAAACCAAAACCUUUUAGUUUCAGAUCAGAGUAGACCUUCCAGAACCCUGAAAAUUCCUACUUACCUUAAAGACUAUAAGUACACAAUUCCUAAACCACAGCAUGCACACCAUGAUCAGCCCCCAUCUUUCAGUAAUAGCCAAAGCACAUCAUCCUUUUCUUUUACGACAUCUACACCCAGACUUCAUUACAAUUCCCUUAAUGCCCUAAGUUCUAACAAUCAACACUUGAUGGAAACUGCCUCACAUGAAUGUGAACCUAGUUCAUGUGAGGAAGCUGCUGUGAAACCUGCUUGGCAAGCAGCAAUGAAUCAGGAAUUCCAAGCAUUAUAUGAAAAUAAGACUUGGGAUUUAGUUUCUCUUCCAAUUGGAAAGAAGGCAAUAGGGUGUAAGUGGGUGUAUAAAAUCAAACAUAAAGAAGAUGGAAGCAUAGAAAGGUUUAAGGCAAGAUUAGUUAUGAAGGGUUACACACAGCAGGCUAGGAUAGACUAUACUGAGACCUUCUCACCAGUAGUGAAGAUGACAACUCUGAGAGCUUUGAUUGCAACAGCAAUCAAGAAAGGAUGGCAAGUUUUACAGUUGGAUGUCAACAAUGCAUUCCUCCAUGGAGAUCUCCAUGAAGUGGUGUAUAUGGAGGUGCCACCAGGGUGGAUGUGGAGAGGUACUCACUUGCAAGAGAUUGAGUCCUUGAAAAACUUUUUACACAACACAUUCAAGAUAAAAGACCUGGGGAGGCUUCACUACUUCCUAGGCUUAGAGGUCCAAUACACAAACAAAGGAGUGUUGAUAUCAGAGAAGAAGUUUACUAUGAAUCUUUUGAAAGAAUUUGGCUGUAUAGAUUGUCCUCCUAUGACUUCUCCUCUGGAUUCAUCUGUGAAGGUGAAAGCUGAUGAAGGAGCCUUAUUAACAUACCCUUCCCACUACAAGAAGCUGAUUGGGAAGCUCAACUUCCUCACUAACACUACGCUAGAAAUUGCUUAUAGUGUUGCAUAUUAUGUCCUAAGGUACUUAAAAGGUGACCCAAGCUUGGGAAUUUUUCUUGCUAAUGAUGCAGACUACACAGUGCAAGCCUUCUGUGAUUCUGAUUGGGCAACCUAUCCCCAAUCCAGAAAAUCAGUGAGUGGAUACAUUGUAUUACUUGGGGACAGUCCUAUUAGUUGGAAAUCUAAGAAGCAAUCCACCAUCUCCAUAUCCUCUACAGAAGCUGAGUACAGGUCAGCUAGGAUGGUUGUUAGAGAGCUUGUUUGGCUUUCCAGGCUUCUCACUAAGCUAAUUGUUCCUCUAUCCUUGCCUAUUCCUAUAUUAUGCGAAAGCCUGUAA